AUGGCGGACUCUCGGAGGGUCCAGUUGACCACGUUGUCCCCCGGUCGAGUCCCUUCGGAACCGGCCCCGAAGGCCACGGCAGGUGUCCCGCGGCCGGAAGUCGGCGGUCCGGACCCCGGCACGGUCCGGCUGGAGCUCGCGCUGUUUGAGGCGGACGAGCGGAGCUGUCCGGAGUUCAGCUACAGUCAGCUGGUUGACAACAAGAUCAACUGCACUAAAGAAAAAGUCCCACUGAGCCGAUUUGAAGAGGGAGGAAUGAUGGAGACCGACGAGGUCGCUGCUAUUUCAAGGAAGCUGGAAAAUAUAUACGGUGGUAAACCGAAGAAGACGAAGAACCAACAGAAGGAGGACCGCAUCCAGGACUUGAUUGACAUCGGAUACGGUUACGACGAAGAGGAUUCCUUCAUUGACAACUCUGAGGCUUACGACGAGUUCGUGCCGGCCUCCAUCACAACCAGAUUUGGUGGAUUCUAUGUAAACUCGGGCGUGCUGCACUUCCGCCAGGCGUCUGGGACCGAGGACCUCGCAACGGACGAGGAGAGCCUCGAGUUCCCAAAAAAACACAAUGUCAAUGGAGGAGAAGAUAAGCCGAAGAAGAAGCGCCGCACAGAAGGAGCGAUCAUCAGAAAUGUGGACGCAUAACGUGUCCCAUCUUGUAGCACUUUGUCUGAAAACGGACCGGACGACGCGACGACGACGACGCCGACGAUGAUGAAGAAGAAAAAGAAGAAAAAGGCUGCCAGCCCUUUGAGCGUCACCAGCAUGUUGAAGAAGUUCCAACGGGAGAAGGAGAAGGAGCGUCAGAAGAUGGCGAAAGCCUCUCAGAAGAGCGCCGCCGUCCCGGUGAUCGUCCUCGUCCCGCCGUGUCCGGCGGACGCGGGCGGGGGCGGCGGGUCGGGAUUGACGGACCCGCUGCUCAGUCUGAUCGGCUCCACCGAUGACCACGCUCUCAUCCAAGCGGCCAACGCGGUGGAUUUCGACAUCGACCUGGACUCUUUGUUGGACGUCACCGAGCAGACUUCGGCGGCUCCGCAGCCCGCCGGCGAGGCCAAAGCGGACGAUCCGACGGAGCCCGACGACGGCGAGCCUCGGGUCCGACCUCCGGAACCGGAGACCGACGCGCAGCCGAAGCCUCAUCCGGAGCCGAUCCAGCUCCCGUCGCAGAGCGGCUCGGCCUCGUCUCACGGCGUCCCGCUGCCGGAGGGACUUUCCCCGCGGCUGGAAGACAGCAUCCGAAAGCUCCUGGCGGUUGUCAAGACGUCCGAGGGAGAGUCGAAGCUCAAGUUCUUCACUCCGGAAAUCAACUCCGUCCUCCUCGAGAUCGAGGUGCAGUGUCGGGAGCAGGGCGUCCAGCUGCGCUCCAAGGUGUACACGCACCUGUCGGCCUUCCUGCCGUGCAGCAGAGACACGCUCCUCAAGCGCGUGAAGAAACUGUUCCUCGCCCACACGGAGGAGCCCCCCGACGUGGACGACCCCCCCGACGUGGACGACCCCAUGCAGAAGCUGAAGGAGGCCAUCGGCAGAGCCAUGCCCGAGCAGGUCGCCUCCUUCUACGAAAGCUGCCAAAUAUACGAGCAGCUCAAGACUUCAAAGGCCACGGAGGAGGAGAAGGAAGGCAAGCAGAAGGUGAAUGUGGGCCCGGAGGACAACCUGGAGGAGAAAGGUGGGAGGAGAGGAGGAGGAGGUCCGAAGAAGGCGUUCAAAUGGAACGAAGAGAUCAGGCGGAGCUUGUGUGAGGUGCUGCGGGUGAGGAUGGAGACCUACAGCACGAAAGGGAGUCAGGAGAUGGAGCUCCACCUGAAGGCCUUGUUGGACAACGAGGUCCAACCGCUCUGGCCAAAAGGCUGGAUGCAAUGCAGGGUGCUGCUGCGGGAGAGCAGGAAGAUACUGAGCUUCUUUACGCCGUUACCAGCGAAGCCGGCCCGGCUUGAGAAGAGGUCCAUCUGGGGCCCUCUCCAGGGGCCCCCCCCACCGAAGGGACUCCCCAAAGAGGCGGACGACGUCAUCAUCGUGAGCUCGAGCUUCAACGGCUCCUCGCCGCUCCGCACCGAGAAGAAGGAAGCCGCCGUUUUGAAAAGGGCCGAGGUGGCGGCGGACGCCGGUUCCUCGACGCCUGCCGAGGCGGACCGACCUCCGGCCAAAGCCACGCCGGCCCCCGCUCACUCCCUUCUGGACCUCCUCGCCGAUCAGGCGCUGGCCCGGGUCCAACCUCACGCGGCUUCCCAGGAGCUCCUGGCGGCGGCGGUUGCCAAAUACAGACGUUCCGUUCGUCACUGGAGCUUCGGGGACACCAACAGCCCUCCUCUUCCUCCUCCUCCUCCUCAGUCCAGCCCGGUGGACUUCCCGCUGAGUCACGCGCCGUCCCGGCUGCUGCCGGUCGGAGACUUCGCCCGGCACAUGGAUGCCAGCCACGUGCUGAUCAUCUCCGACGACGACGACGUCACCAUUUAAUGACGCGUUUUUGGAGUGGACUGGACACACGAUGAACAGCAGAAGGUUAAUAUUAAUGAGCUAAUAUUAAUCUGUCAAGUUGUGGUCCUUUUCUGUUUGGACGAGCAUCUGAGAAAA